AUGAGCCCUCCUCUGCCAUCACUGACUGAGGUCUGGCAUAAUGAUACGUAUUCUGAGAUAUCUCCUUUGCGUCCCAAUCUCAGUGCGGCAAAAAAGACUGUCAUCAUUACAGGCGCUGGAAGUGGCAUUGGUCGCGCAUGCGCCUUAGCCUUCGCUCGAGCUGGAGCAGCAAUGAUUGUCUUGAUUGGGCGCACAGAAGAAAAGCUCCGAGAAACCCAACAGCUGCUAUCUUGUAGCAGUUCAAUCCAUGCUGUUAGCACGACAGACGAAAAGGACAUGAAGGAUGUUGCGGCCUCGACAGGCUCUUGGGAUGUCCUAGUGCUGGCGGCCGGUUAUCAACCUGAACCAUCCUCCAUUCAGGAAGCAUCCAUAGAUGAUUGGUGGCAGAGUUUUGAGACCAAUGUCAAAGGAACAAUGAUUCCUUCCAAGGUUUUCCUCCCGGGUGCCAAUCCGGUUCAUUCUUCCAUCAUCGCAUUUACCGCCGCGGUCGUCUUCCCUCCAACCACGCUGGUCAAUCUAUCUGCCUAUAUCAGCUCCAAACUCUCUGUCAUCAAAUUCAUUGAGUUCUUGGCAGCCGAAAACCCAUCGACAUUUGCUGUCGCUUUGAGCCCAGGAAUGGUGGAUACUUCUAUGCUUCGGAAAUCAGGCGCGGAUCCCAAAACCUUGCCCCUUGAUACAGCGGAGCUUCCUGCAGACUUCACCGUAUGGCUAUCAAGUUCCGAGGCGUCAUUCUUGAAUGGCCGAAGCGUUUGGGCGAACUGGGACGUCAACGAACUCAAAUCCAAGGCUGAAAAGAUCAAGUCUGGCUUGCUCUUGACAUCUGGGGUGUAUGGCUGGCCCUUCAGCGCCGACUUUUAG